CCCUCCCAACCCAUAUUGCUUAAAACCUUAAACCCUAAUUCAUGAAUUUAGGAUUUCUGUUGAUUAGUUCUUCGACGAUUGAGCUACACAACUUUUCACUCGUGUCUGAACUUCGUUAGGUAUCAGGCUGAAGAAGGUCAACCAUGGUGAAACCGAAAUCCCAAUCGAAGAAAUCCAAAAGAGGCGGGGUGGAUUUCAAAAAAUUUAAGCGGAAAAUCGGCCGGAAAUUGCCGCCUCCGAAGAAUGCUACUAACACCGAAAUAAAAUCUAAAGCGAUAGUUCUUCCGGAGCAAAGUAUAGCGUCUGAAAGGGCGGGUUUAGCAACCAGCAAAAGAGGGUUAACACUGAAGGAGCUUCUUCAGCAGACAAGCCAUCAUAAUGCUAAAUCUCGUAAAGAUGCACUGCAUGGUAUCAAAGAUAUAUUCCUUAACAACCCCGAUGAGCUGAAGUUACAUAAACUUGCUGUUGUGGAAAAACUUCGUGAACGAAUUGGUGAUGAUGAUGAAUCGGUCCGCGAAACACUUUAUCAACUUUUUAAGUCAGUAAUUUUCCCUGGUGGUACAAAGGACAGCCAAGGACCAUUUGUUUCUUUGAUGAUGUUAUAUGUUUUUAAUGCUAUGGCCCACUUAGCACUUGAUGUGCGUUUGAUGGCUUUCAAAUUUAUCGACCUUGUUGUCCAGUUCCACCCUUCUUCGUUUCCCUUUUAUGCUGAAAAGGUUCUCCAUAACUAUGAAAAUUUCCUACGGAAGAACCAGUUUUUAGAGGACAAGGGCAAAUUAAAGACCAUUCUAUCUGGAUUGAUUCGCUGCUUAUCACUAUUGCCAUGUGAAGACAGAGACCUCUCAGCAGCUAAAAAUGAUAUUCCAGCUCCUGAAAUUCUUCAUGCUUUUGAGCCUGAGAUUGCAAGAGAACCAAUUGGGCUUCUGGAUUUUACCAGGCAAUUAAAGGAUCUUUUGCCCAUUUUAGUUGGUUGUUUCCAUGAUUUCAUGCCAUUGAUGCAUAGCGCCUCCCAAUUAGAUCUACAAUCAUGUGAUUGUAUGCAGUUUUUACUUCAGAGUAUAGAAAUCAUAGUCAAAGUUUUGGUUGGCGGGAUUCGUGGAAGUGAAUCAGAUCCAAAGAUUCUUCCAUUUUGUGGGAAGCCCAGUUUAACCGCAUACAAUAAGUUACUACCGCCGAUGAUAUUAAAGAAGUUAUGGGACGUCUAUCCUCUCAACCUAGUUAAUCUUACGCGAAAGGAUUAUCGGCGAAUAUCCAUGCUGAAUACAACAAUUACCAAAAUAUUUUUGCAGUUGAAAAACUGGGAGAAUGCUCCCUCUGUUUUGUUCGACAAGGUUUUGGAAUUCAUCGAAAGCUCACUGGCUACAAAGAUGCAAUUGGGCAAAGUGGUCCAUGAGAAAGACUUGCUUCCACUUAUACCAUACAUUCCAAAAUUAGUAAUGCAAAUCUCUGGUAGUUGGAGGUCUCGUAUCCUUCAGGCUUUUACUGAGGUUUUCAAGAACUCCAGUCCAGAGUCCUCAAUGAAAUUAGCUUGCAUUGUUGCAAUCGAAGAAAUGCUCGCUCCUGAAAGGAGCUCACUUUACCUUGAUGAGAGCGACCCCACUUUGUUAUACUAUCAGAUCAAUUGGAUACAGGAUCUUCCUUCACUGUUGAUUUCGUUAGAUGACAAAAGCCCCACAUGUUCCAAGGCUGUGUUACGACUUCUUUUGGAUGUAGGGCAGUUUGCUUCAGUUGACUCUCCAUUCUCUCAAGAGUUUGACACUUUGCAGUUUAGAUUUGGAGAUUUCUUCUGCAAACUAGUUGAGAAUGACAUAUGCUUUGGUCCCUUCGUAAGGCUUGCAGGAGAUAUUAAGGAGCUUGCCAUUUGUUGCCUUUAUUAUUUCUCUUUCAUGGACUCCCUGCUUCUGCAGUCACUUGUUUCAUGUUGCUUAUGUGAUGAUGUUGAGCCGGUCUUCAUUUUCCGUAUCUUUGAAGUUCUGCAAUCUUCCUUUAGAGCUGGGCAUAUCCUGGUAGCAGACUAUGCAAGUUUCCAUGUCACUUUACUCUCACGGUUUCGUGUUUAUCCAGAUCCAGCUGCCAAGUGUGAUGGGAAAUCAAACUGGAAGACAUUUAAGAAUGUUACUAGAAUUGUCUGUUCAUCUUUGUCACAGAUUGGUGAUGAUAAUCUUGUCUUGCAAAUGCUGGAGAAGAUAAUUGUUGAUCAGAUUUGUUCAGAUAUACCUAUGGACAAUAAGUGCGCCUUUGUCAGAUUGCUUCUUACACUUGACUCGAAGCCAUCAAGACUUUCGAAUCAGAGUGUUGUGAGUAUGAGCCAUGUUCUUCCACAGUACAUGACCAGCGUGUUAUCUAAUGUUCGGGAAGAUGAUCAAGAUUCAAUGUCUGUCGUCAGUGUAAAAAGAAGGCAAUAUUACUUACUACCUUCCUUUUAUCUGAUUUAUGGGAGCGAACGGUUAUUAAGUCUUGUGCUAAAUGUGAUGGGCUCUUGGGUAUCUGAGGCUAGUUCCUCAGUUGAUCGUUCGACUACAAUAUCUCGCAUUGCCUCGGUACUUCUUCUCAUGUAUAAAGAUACCAAGGUCUGUCAGAUUCUACAGUCAUGCAAGAGUGAGAUGGAGACUCUGUUACAAAAUAUGCUCAACUUACUGACUUGUGAAGGGCCAAAGAUGACUUUGGAGGGAAGGCAUAACAUUGAGAGGGCAUACGACCAAUUGAGAGCAAUCACCAAUAAUGAAGUGGCGGUAUAGCCGUGACUUUGGAGAAGUGAAAAAAGUACCAUCUUCUGACUAAAUUCUCCCAGCCUAGUUCCUUCUACUGUUGUUUAUUUACAGUAGAAUGAAUUUCAUGAGGAAGGAGCGGGUUCUGCUGCAUCAACGUUAAGGUGUGUUUGUAUUUCUUGUCCCGAUCUCAUCUGUAGUUUAUGAAAUUCUUCAUUAUGAUGGGUUUUAAACGUCUCUAUUGCUACCUCAAUCCUUUUUCAUUUGAUAUUUAAACAUCUGUCUCUCUGCAUUUCUCUCGGUGAAGUUUUUCUUCUUGUUAUACAUCAUAGUUCUCUCUCCCAGAAUUCUCGAUCAACAAGGAGAAGGAAGACAUGCCCAAUGGAAGCAGAGGUUCGUCCACCGCCUCAAGGACUGAGGCCGAGGCGUCAGUUGAAUGCAAAUCGGAUACUUGACAUCUCAGAUACUUUUCAUCGUUUAGCAGAUGCCAUGACCUUCCCCUUUCGUAUGUGCAUAUCUUGAUUUUAAUUGAACUAUUGUAAUUGCACUAGUUUUUGUGUCAGUGCAUAUGUGCACUAAUUUUUGUUUUGCCCGGAUACUAUAAAGUGAUGGUUAUAUAGUUGUCAGUUAUCAACA